AUGGACCUCAGACUCACUGAAACUGUAACUCCCACACUGAACUCAGUCCUCUAUGAGCCCCAGACCUUCUCUGAACCCCCAGAUUUCACCUGGCUGUGGGGGAGCCCUGCCAGCCCCGCGGCCUUCUGCCUUCAGGGGCCUCAUGAGAGGCAACACCUGUGCCCAAGACUCCUGUCCCAGGACCUCCAGCCCCACUCACCCGCCCUCCUCCCUCCUGUUCCUCCAGCCUCCAGCUGCGGUGUCCCCAGCUUCACCCCCAACCUCUCAGCCAGGGUGGUGGGAGGGGACAAUGCCGUUCCCCACAGCUGGCCCUGGCAGAUCUCUCUCCAGUACCUCAAGGAUGACACUUGGAGACACACCUGCGGUGGCACCUUGAUCUCCAGCAACUUUGUCCUCACGGCUGCCCACUGCAUCAGGCACAGUCUGGAGAGGUCAGGGCCCCUCUGCCCACUCAUGCCCUCUGCUUUGGAUUCCAGCAAUGACAUUGCCCUCAUCAAGCUCGCAGAGCCUGUGGAGCUGAGUGACACCAUCCAGGUGGCCUGCCUGCCAGAGAAGGACUCCGUGCUGCCUCAGGACUUCCCCUGCCUUGUCACUGGCUGGGGUCGCCUCUGGACCAAUGGCCCCAUCGCUGACGAGCUACAGCAGGGCCUGCAGCCCGUGGUGGGCUAUGCCACGUGCUCCAAAUGGGACUGGUGGAGCUACAUGGUGACGAAAUCCAUGGUGUGUGCCGGGGGCGACGGCAUCAUCUCCUCCUGCAACGUGAGUGUCCAGACCCCACACAGAUUCCAAGAGUACCCCAACCCCAGCCCCAAUGACCCAAAACUGCUCCAGACAUCAUCCAAUGUCUCCCAGUACCACGGGCCCGGGGGCUCAUUGCCAGUUUCAUCUUUUCUUUGA